AUGAAAUUAGAAAAAGAGAUAAAAGGCCUAGAACGGCCAGAAGUGAAUAUUAAGAAUGAGUGUGAACGAUUCAGAUUAAAGGAGUACAGCUUUCCGUACCAGUAUUGCCAUUUAUGUUUUUCUAGAUUUAUGAGUUUGCGCCCAUUUUUGUUGAAAACGAUACAGAAGAAAUGGAAAUGCAAUCUUUCAAUAGAGCAGGUAAAGAGCGAGGAGGAAACUGGGAGCCAUAACCCUAAAGAUAACUCAGUGCCUAUUUUAAAUCAGCUUAAAGAUAUAAAAAUGGAAUCUGAGUGCAUCAUUAUGGGAUUGAUAACUAAAGAGAUGAAAAAUAGAAUUACAAUUUUGGAUGAAUAUCUUCAAGAUAUUGAGGAAUUCGCAAAGAACAAUCAAUUAAGCAAUUACACUAGUGAUGAUGAUAAGCUUUAUAUAGAAGACAGUUCUUCAAGAAUUCCAUUAGUUUUAAAAGAAGAAGUAUUAUCGGUAAGCAGUUUAAUUUCUGGUACUGUGGUAGCAGUAAGAGGAGUACAGAAUUCAGGGGGUGCUUUUUUAGUUUCUGACCUAACUUUUGCGUCUCCUCCUGAAGAAAUCAUUAGAAAAGAGCAUUCCCUAGUGAAAAUUUCUCAACCCACAUAUUUGGGCUUUGUUUCGGGUUUAAAUAUAGGAUCCGACGUUCAGGAUUCAUUGUCUUUGCAAUUAUUUCGUGACUUCAUUAUGGGUAUCUCCUCAUAUAGUGACGAACACAGACUUUUGUCUUCCAGAAUUGCUUACUUAAUUAUUGCAGGAAACACUAUAAGACUUUUAGAUACUGCAAAAGAGACUAGUACUGGUACUGGAACAAAGUUAGUUGUAAAUAAUGAGUUACUUUCUAGCAGACUUGAAAUGAUUGAUUCUUUUAUUUCUCAACUGGCUUCCUCUAUCUCUUUUGCAAUUAUGCCUGGGGAGAAUGAUCCUGUUCCAAUUUCCUUACCUCAACCUCCUUUUCAGCCUUAUAUAUUCAAGAACUCUAAGAGUUAUCAGUCAUUUAAUUCUUUCACCAAUCCUUGUUUAUUCUCUGUAAACGAUAUCAGGGUUACUGGUGUUUCUGGAGAGUGCAUUUCUAAGAUUUCUUUAUUUUCUUCAUAUUCAAAGCCAAUUGAUGCUCUCAAGUUUUGCGUUGAAUCCAGAAAUAUUGCUCCAACAUGUCCUGAUGCAGUGCCUUCUCACCCAUUCUUCGAUAAAGAUCCUUUUUCUCUGGAUUAUAUUGACGAAUCUUUUCCUCAAGUCAUUUUUGCAGGAAAUCAAUUAGAAUUUGAGUCAUAUAAAUUCCCUAAUAAUGGACCAGUAUGCUUCACUAUUCCUGAAUUUUCUAACAACCCUACUUUGGUACUUCUGGAUAUAAACACAUUUGAAUUUAAGACAAUUUCUUUUAAAUUAAAUUAA